AACUCCGAUAAAAUACCAAUUACCGGGACACCGCAUCGAUGGUGAAAAACCUUUUGAGUUCAGCUGAGGUGUACGAAAUACUGCGAAAUAAAGAAGGGUAUUCCUUUAAUUUCCUGAUAAUUGCCUAUAUAAUGUAAUAGCAUCUAUAACAGUAGUAAUAAUAGCAACAACAACAAAAUGUUGACUAUGCAUCUUUUCCCCAGAAAUAUCAAAACUCCAAUAGCGUUGCCGUUUCAGUGGUUAAAUAUUACAUUCAAUAUAUUAAAGUCAAAUUCAUCGUCUUCAUCGUCGUCAUCCGAUUCAUCCUCAGAUUCAGAUUCUGACACUGAGUCCUCUAAGAAAAACAAAGUUAUUAAUAACAAAAUCACAGAUUACCUGUAUGCUGCAGAUAUAAAAAAGAAACAAAAGCGAUUAGAAGAUGAAUUAAACAGAGCAGCAAAAUCACUUUUAAGCACAGAUGCAGAAGAAGAUAAAGAGAGAAUUGUUUCUAAUAUAUUAAACACUAUUUCUUAUAUAGAACAAUACUAUCAGUUAAACAAAAGUGACAAAUCUACAAAUAGAACAACACAAACAUAUCAUAGAACAAGUGAACAGAGACAAAGUGCAUCAUCUGUAAUUAGAACAUUACUAAAUCAGAAGAAGGAAAUAAAGAGUACUGAGAAUCAGCUUAGACAAAAACCUGAAUUGGAAGAAGAACCAUCUGUAAUUAGAACAUUACGAAAUCUGCAACAGCAAAUAGAGAGUACUAAGAAUCAGCUUAGACAAAAACCUGAAUUGGAAGAAGAACCAUCUGUAAUUAGAACAUUACGAAAUCAGCAACGGCAAAUAGAGAGUACUGAGAAUCAGCCUAGACGAAAACCUGAAUUGGAAGAAGGACCAUCUGUAAUUAGAACAUUACGAAAUCAGCAACAGCAAAUAGAGAGUACUGAGAAUCAGCUUAGACGAAAACCUGAAUUGGGAGAAGGACCAUCUGUAAUUAGAACAUUACGAAAUCAGCAACAGCAAAUAGAGAGUACUAAGAAUCAGCUUAGACAAAAACCUGAAUUGGAAGAAGAACCAUCUGUAAUUAGAACAUUACGAAAUCAGCAACAGCAAAUAGAAAGUAGUGAAAAUCAUCUUAGACGAAAACCUGAAUUGGAAGAAGGACCAUCUGUAAUUAGAACAUUACGAAAUCAGCAACAGCAAAUAGAGAGUACUGAGAAUCAGCUUAGACGAAAACCUAAAUUGGAAGAAGAACCAUCUGUAAUUAGAACAUUACGAAAUCAGCAACAGCGAAUAGAGAGUACUGAGAAUCAGUUUAGACGAAAACCUGAAUUGGAAAAAGAACCAUCUGUAAUUAGAACAUUACAAAGGCAGCAAACAAGCACAAAACAUAUAGAGGAAGAACAGAGCCAAGAAUUGUUUGAGGACAUUUUUGUGAAUCAAUUUACUGAAACCACAGCUGUUGCCGACCUUGAAACGUGGAAUAAGUGUGAAGAAUUUGAAUUGCAGCGUGUAAUGAAACAGUUUCCAAAGAAUGCAUUUGAAGAAAUGAUAAGAUGGACUGAGGAAGGAAAAUUGUGGCACUUUCCUAUUGACAACGAGCAAGGCCUGGAAGGAGAGAACGACGUGCAUUUCUCAAAACACGUAUUUUUGGAACAACAUCUAGCUGAAUGGUGUCCUACUAAAGGACCAAUACGACAUUAUAUGGAAUUAGUGUGCAUAGGGCUUUCAAAAAAUCCAUAUAUGACAGUCAACGAGAAGAUAGAUCAUAUAAUGUGGUAUAAAGAGUACUUCGGAAACAAACAGGAUUUAUUGAAAAAAUUGGGACUUGCAGCAUAAAAAUUUUUGUAGUGAAAAAGUACGCAAUAAAACAGUAAAUUUACAGUUA